AAAUGGACUCAUGUUUGUCGUACAUGUUAAGGUGGUUCAGUCUGUGUAUUGACUGUAAACUCAAACUGUGUUAAUGUACACAUCAAAUCAACAUGGAGUCUGAGCCUGGCAGUCACAGCUCAGGGACAGGAGGGUCAUAGUUGAACUGGUGCUGAGAGAAGAGUGAAGUUUCCCAGCUGACCAUGAAGGCGGCAGCAGGAGGUGUUAGCUCACCUGUGUGUAUCAGAGAGCGAACAGACGGCUCACCUGCAGCUCGCUCACCUGGACUCACCUGUGCAGGUGAGCAGUGAUUGGCGGGCCAUGGACCAAUCACUGUCCAGUGGGCAGGGUCACGUGAGCGUGCUCAGCGGCUUCCCGCCCUCUGUGGGCAGAGACGUUGCCGUCGCUGUGGUGAAGCCCCUGGGUGCUGGCCUGGGAAACCCCGACACGCGCAGCCUGCUGCACACGGACAGACAGGUGAAGUGGACGAUGGAGGUGUUGUGUUACGGUUUGACUCUCCCAUUGGACGGAGACACCGUCAAACUCUGUGUAGAUGUAUACACUGAUUGGCUGAUGGCCCUGGUUUCCCCGAGAGACUCCAUCCCUCCACCAAUCAGCAGAGAGCCCAACCUGUACAUCCAGAAGAUCCUCCGACACCUGUACAGCCUGUUCCUCCCCAGGUCACACCAGGUGUGUCCGGUCUACCUGUCUCUCUGUCAGCAGGUGUUGUGUGCAGUUCAGUCGUUGGCCAGAGAGAGCGCUGUGAUGAGCAGAGACACUUGGGAGACUCUGCUGCACUUCCUGCUCCGCAUCAACCACGCCAUGCUGGCUCCGCCCACUACUGCAGGCGGUGCAUCGGAGCAGCUGUCUCACCUGUCGAUGGCGGUGCUGUUUGAGGUCUGGUUGCUGUCUUGCUCUCGGUGUUUUCCGUCUCGCUCUCUGUGGCAGACGGGCAGACAGAUGUUGAGCAGCUGGACACAUCAGCCUGCAGUGGUGGAGCAGUGGAGCCGAGUCCUCGCCGCCCUGACCUCCAGGUUGUUGCUGCUGACCUUCGGUCCGUCCUUCCCUCACUUUAAAGUCCCAGAUGAAGACGCUGCUCUGAUCCCUGCAGACAUGGACGACCAACGAGUCCCUCACACCUGGUUCAGGUUCCUGCACCUGCUCAGUAACCCAGUGGACCUCGGUCGCCCGGUGGCUGCCGGUUCAACUCCGUCCUCUCAGGAGGAGGCUUUAAGUGGAAACAGUCAGCUGCCAAACAUCUUCUUCAGAGCCAUGAGAGGAAUCAGCAUGCUGGUCGACGCCUUCCUGGGUGUGACUGUGGUCAACAAAGAGCCGACAGAGCAGCUGCUGCCACACACAGGACUAACAACAAGGAUCAAUUUCAGAGACCGGUUGCCUUCUCUCGGUGUUGCUGUGACCAGGAGCCCAUUCAGAGACCGCCUCCCUUCCUACGGUCUCUCUCGACCUCGUUCUGGCAGUGCCCCACCCACCCCAGUGAACAUACUGAGCGUGCACAGUGCCCCUCCCACCACCUCCCCCCUUCCGCACAACCAACAUCUAAAACCUGCAAAUGUUUCCAAGGCAACCAGCAAACCUCCUACGACAUCUUCCUCCCUCCAUCACUGGAAGUCUUCCUCCCAUCCUCCCCCCUCCUCUCCCCCUCUGUGCCCCUCCCACCGACCCUCCCCUCCCCUGAGGUGUAACGUGGACUCCCUCCUCCACCUGUUCGGCUGCUGGCUGUUUGAUGCUGCUCUAAUCAACAGAGACCCUGGUCUGCCCGCUGGUCAGUGUGAUGUCACUGUGAUGUCAGAGAGGUUGGCGGCCGGUCGAGCUGAGGCCUGCGGGACGCUCUGCAGGAUCUUUACCUGUAAGAAAACUGCAGAGGACAUCCUGUCUGUCUACCUGUCCAGGUUCUACCUGGUUCUCCUGCAGGGUCUCCAGGUGUCAGAGGAGGCGUGUUGUCCUGUUGUGGCCUCCAUCCUGCUGAAUUCCACCUGUCUGUUCUGCUGUGACCUGAGAGGAGUCAACCUGCUGCUCCCUUCCUUCAUCUCAGCCGUGGAGAAUGUGCUGCUCGACAGAGAGCUGUUGAGGUUUAAGAGUUUUGUGAGUCUGGUGGAUUUGAGGCGAGCCUCCAUCCUCGUCCUGCUGUCCCUGCUGCCCCUCCCUCUGCAGUUUGGAUCUGUUCAAUCAGAGGUGUUAUUGGACGGGCAGUUCAGUGGUGAUGAUGUCACAGCAGGUAGCUUCCUCUCUCUCAAGCCCCGCCUCAUCAGUGUUCUCAUCGGAGCUCUGCAGACAGAGACCGACACCUCCAACACACAGAUGAUACUCGCAUCUAUGUUGAACCUGGUUCAGGACUCGGCUCUGUUAGAGGCAGCAGGACAAACUCAGCAGGAAACUGAGUCCCCGCAUGGUGGAGUCAGUAGAUGCAGACGGACCAUGGGGACCAGUGGAACCAGUGGAGCGGGUAAAGCCAGUGCAAAUAGACGAACCAGAGGAACCGCCGUCCAGUCAGAUGCAGCAGGGAUCCUGUGGGUUCAGUUUGUGCGUCUGCUGACUCAGUGUCUGACGGCUCAGUGGAGGAAUGACUCAGCAGUUUGUCUGUCUGCACUGGAAGUGCUGGGAGGACUGGCCAAGGUAGAGGUGAGUGUGGAGGAGAGUGAGAGGAGGCGAGCGGUCACUUCAGUCUGUAGUUACAUCGUGUUUCAGUGCAGUCGUCCUCCUCCGCUUCACUCCAGAGAUCUGCACUCCAUCAUCGUUGCUGCAUUCGACUGUCUGAACGUCUGGUUAACUCAACACCCCACCAUGCUUGACCACCAGGAGUGUUUGUUGGAGGUCCUGGAGAUCGUGGAAUUGGGAAUUUCAGGCAGUAAGUCCAGACAGGAACAGGAAGUGAGGUGUAAAGAGGAGAAAGAACUGAACCCAGCCUCUCUGAGGGUGAAGGAGGCAGCUGAGGCCACGCUUAGCUGUGUUAUGCAGGUUUCAGGGGUCUUCCCAUUCCUCAGAGGCCUGCUGGAUGAGGAUGCUCUGAUUGGCUGCUCCACUUUGAGUGACAACAAUGUGAAGAAGUUCAGAUACUUUGUGGUGGACAGCUCAGUGAUCCUGGCGAUGCUGGAACAACCACAGGAACCUGAACAGGCGUUGUGUCCAUCGCUCACAGUGCUGAUCAGAGGACUGUCAGGAUGUCAUACCUGGACACUACAGCUCCACCUGCAGCCCAGAGAGGGAAGAACACACACACAGCAAACUCUGAUCCCAGAACACCGUGGUGUAGCCCAGGAGGAUGCUGGGAUACGAUGUGGUGUCAAACAUCAGCUGUUUCCUGAAAACAUUGACAGAGUUCCUUUAGUUAAAGCAGAUCUGAGUAUUCCAGCUCUGCAUGAGACCGGUACUGAGGAGGUGCACCAGCAGCUGGAGCGUCUGCGAGCAGCGCUGAAGAGGCAGCGACAGGUCGAGGCUCGGCUGCAGGUGAGUGGACGGUCGGCUGUCAUGACGACCUGCAGGCCGCCGCCCCCCGUCUCCAACUUCCAGACAGCGAGACUCUUCCUGUCCCACCUGGGCCUGCUGACACGUGAGACGCUGAAGGAUCCAGGUAGCAGUGGUGUCCUGGCUCAGCUGGUGUCUCUGGACUCGUCUCUUCCAGGUUUCUCUGAGGAUCUGAGACAACUGGACCAGCUGCCGUCCAGAAACUGUGACUCCGCCUUCAUCUUCUGCAUGAGAGCAGGACAGAGGACAGCAGUGGAGAUCCUGAGGAACGUGGAGUCCAGCUGCACCGUCCCAUCUCACUUCCUGGACUUCCUGUCGUCUCUCGGUCGGCCGGUGGAGGUGGGGCGACGACGGGUGGGUGGGGUCAGCACCAACAGUUCAGAAUUCCCUGUUGUGCUGGGUGACAGUGGAGGGGGCGUGUUUAAUGGAGAGAGGUUUGUCCUGAAGUAUGCCGACGCUCUGACAGAGAUCACCUUCAUCGUCCCGUCAUCAUCACACACGGUUGAUUGGUCGAAGAGUCCAGAGGUGGGGGAGCCUCCGACUGAGCCGUCAUCCAACCUGCAGAGUCAUUCUGAGCUCAGCCAAGACUCCGCCCCCCAACCCACAAGUUCUCCAGUUGAAGACAUGAAGUCUUUUCGUUUUUUGUUGUCGUUCGUCGGCUCUGAAUCUAAACUCCUGAUAGUCUGGGUCGAACACUUCGAGGAUAUCGAGAGUUUCCCUCUGUCUGAUCUGCUGUCAGAGACGAAGACAGAAACACAGACAAGUGUGUCAAACGUCCAGCUGAUCUUCAUCCAUCCUCUGAAAACUGGACUCUACCGGAUCUGUUUCCAUGGAAACACCAACAGCAAGUUCAGUUUGGUUGUCCCAUUGGUCAACGGGAGUGUGGUCAGCAAGAGGUCUCUGGGUUUCCUGGUUAGAGAGACGGUGAUCAAUUGUUGCCAUCGGCGACGGUUGGAGAGUGACUCUGCCCCUCCGCCCCACGUCAGAAGGAAGCACAUGAUCAGUGACAUCAUCCUUCGCUACCGCAGCCGCCGCUCUGAACCUGCCUUCUACUCCGCCCUGUUCCAGGACCCCUGACGUAUUUUGCAUUAUCAUUAGAUUCCACCAUCAAGGGAAGUUUUGCAGUUGAAUAUUAUUUAUUAUUAUUUACAUCAUAUUUGCUUCUGUUCUUAAUAUAUAUUGUUUAAUCCACGUCUACUCUGAAUAAUUACAAUUAUAUUUGUUUGUUACCUGUAAUGCAAAAUAAAGAAACACACGCAUGUCUCUUCAGUGCUGACUGUACUGUACACCUACAACCAGCUCCACUGUUACCAUGGCAACCUGAGGUUUUAUUUACCAUUAACAGCUUUAAAAAUGUGUAGUUUUAUAUCAGAAUCAACAUUUACUGUUGUCUAGUUUCCCUAAAUAGGAGUUACAAGGUUUUCUGAUGACAGGUGUUACUGAGUGAUGAUGUCACCUGCAGGUUUAAUAAACAAACGUUGUGGAAAUCUC